AUGAAUUCUGCUGUUAUUAAAGAAUUCGUACAAGCUGUCAGUAAUUCCAACAAUGCCUACAACUUGAGCAUAAAUCCCACCUCAGUCAAGAUAUUAGACAGUCCAGUGACAGAUCCAACUACAGCUCCCACACCUAGACCUGUUGCACCUAACACUGUUGCAGCUGCGAUUACUACUACUACUGCUGCACCCAUAACUAAAGCACUCGUUAUAAAAAGGGUGAUAUUCAGUUCCCUUCUCACCGACUUUACAAGUGACUUGCUGAAUCCAUCAUCUACAGCUUAUAUAAAUCGGGCAGCGAAGAUUAAAGAACAGCUUACACCUGUUUUUAAAAGGGAAUUCCCUUCAUUCAAGUUCUUGGAAGUGAAAUCAUUCAGUAAUGGAUCGAUCGUCAACAACAUGGACCUCAGCUUUUCAAGCACAUCUGUUCCUAAUAACGAUCAGAUAGCGCAGGUCUUAAUGAGCGCAGCUGCAAGCAUCAUCGGCUUCGACAUUGAAGGCAGCUUCCUCAACCUGAAUGGCAUUUAUUCAAGUGGAGUGAGCCAUUACAUCAGUCCGAUCACUGCAUCCUUCCUUGUACUGUUGUCAUGGCUACUGUCCAGCCAAUGGCCGUAGUGCCACUCAUUUGAGAAAUGACUCCGGUGUCUUACAUGAUUUACAGAUUUGGGUAACACAUGCAAUGCAAUUAAUGUUAAUCCCCCAUUAAAAUAGCACAAUAAUAAUAAUAAUAGGCAUAACAAUAUAACAUUGGGAUGUAAGGCAAUAAUUGCACUAAUAAUAAUUAAUCUUGCUCCAGUAAGCACUUUCCUUUAGCAUCAUUUUUCUUAGUGAAGGUUAUUUAAAUGCUAUAUGUUUUAGUUUUGGAAGUAACAAAUGCAGCUCCUUGUGGGCUACACUUUCCAACUCAGAACAAAUGCAUACUGUUUUAUAAUCAUAUUCUUUGUAUGUCAUAGCAAUGCACUGUUAAUUUUCUUAUUUAUACACACUAUUUAUUUAUAUAAUCAUGCACACUGUAUUCUGUUAGAUUUC